UUUUAUAAAGAAGAAGAAACCUGGGACGGGCUCGGUCUUGUUUUCAUUAACCGCACGCGCAGCUCUUCUGCUGCCAAGAUGCGUAUCGAAAAGUGUUAUUUCUGCUCUGGGCCGGUCUACCCUGGACAUGGCGUGAUGUUUGUUCGAAACGACUGCAAGAUGUUUAGAUUUUGCAGAUCGAAAUGCAAAAAGAACUUCACAAAGAAACGAAACCCAAGAAAGACCAGAUGGACCAAAGCUUUCAGAAAAUCAGCCGGAAAAGAGUUGACAGUGGACAACUCUUUGGAGUUUGAGAAGCGCAGAAAUAUUCCAGUGAAAUAUAACAGAGGAAUUUGGGACAAGACAGUGGAGGCAAUGAAACGAGUGGAGGAGAUAAAACAGAAACGACAGGCGAGAUUUAUCAUGAACAGACUAAAGAAGGGCAAACAGCUGGAGAAGGAGGAGGCCAUCAACGAAGUGAAGAAGAAUAUUCACCUCAUCAAAGCUCCCCAUGCAGGAAAAGCCAAACAGAUGGAAGACAAGAUGGUGCAGAAGCUACAAGAAGACGUGGAAAUGGAGGAUGAUGAUAUUUAGUCUCAUGCCUAAAUGUUGUUUUGCACUUUGGUGCACGUUGGACUGGUUUUCAGUCUCAUUUGGAAUCCAUAUUGCUAAUAAACAGAAUAGACAAAUUAAUGCAUUGAGUUUAAGAUUGUGUAGUGAGUGCAGAUGUUGACCCCACAAAUCCCUUCUUCCAGUUCUUAUGUGAAUAACUAGCUUUCGUGAUUAAAUAACUCACUUGCUCAUGCAUCUUUUUGACAACAUCAUAAACAUUGUCAAUCGUUUACUGACCACAAAUAAAAUGACACUUUUCGAGGA